AUGUCGGACUCUGCGCCAACUCAGCCGCCGCCGCCACCGCCGUCGUCCCCAUUUGAAUGGGGAAAGUUGAACAUCGGAGGGAAUCACGACGACCCGCCGCUGCCAGAGGAUGAUCCGACGGUAGGGAUCCGGAUGAACCACGCGAUGAUUCGCGUGCGCGACCCCAAAAAAUCACUCUUCUUCUAUAUGAACCUGAUGGGGAUGCGGACGAUUUUCACCAUGAACGCCGGGCCCAUGACGACCUACUACCUGACACACCCUCAGACGCCCGAACACCGGGCCGACCUGGCGAAAUUCAGCGCGGAGACCGCCUUGAGGACGCAGUACACGUCCGGCCUGCUCGAGCUGAUGCAUGUGCACGGCUCGGAGAACCAACCCGAUGGUUACUACAAGGGCACGGGUAACAACGUUCCCUCCCUGGGAUUUGGACACUUGGGCUUCACGGUUCCGGACGUCAAGGCGACGGUGGCACGCUUGGAGGAACACGGUGUCAAGGUGUUCAAGCCACUGGGCGUCUCCGACCGACCCACGCUGCCCAUCACGAAAUGGGAGACCGAUCAAGGGGUAGGGGUGGGCGACGAGGACGGCAUGGCCCCGUCCUUCAAUAGAAUUGUCGAGACGUUUGUGCACGUCUUUGAUCCGGUAAGCAACUACGAAAGGAAAAAAAAAAUCAAGACAAGGAAGAGGGGUGGGGCGGAGAUGAUUUUUGUUUCGAUUUUAUUUUAUUUUUCCCCCACCAUUUUCCACCCUUUUUCUCUCGGCGAUGGUUCCGCCAGGAUUUCUUACUCACAAGAGGAAAUAUGA